GGCAACACACGAAACGUCAACCUCGAUGUUUUGACGUAUGAAUGUCAACUAAUCAAAUUAUAAUUUUCUUUACAUAUUCAUUGUCUUGAAUUGGUUUGAUUGAUUUAAAUUUCAGUGUCUAGGAUGUGUUAGAGUUUAUAUAAAUAAUUCAUAGGUUCAAUAUUUAACGUGAUAAUAAUUUAAGAAAAAUGUCUUUAACAAUUCAACAAAUAAUAACUGACGCUAGGAGACUUGCAACACGUUUAAAAGAACGAGAUACUGUUGCUGAUGGGUUAUUAAACGAAACGCAUGCUAUAAAUAAAAAGAUUGAUGCCAUGAAACAAUUUCAAGAAGAAGUAGAGAUGCUAAAUGAAGUAGCCAAUCAAAAGCCCCACUCACAACUAUUAGCAAACAUACAGAAGGAGAACCGUCACUUACGUGAGAUCCAGCAAGAAAAUAGGGAACUUAAAGCUACGUUAGAAGAUUAUCAAACCACUUUGGAGCAUAUUAUGACCAAAUAUAGGCAACACACUACAGAACAGAUAUACAAGUCAAAGAUAAAUUUCAAGGCGAUGCAGAAUGAGAGGUACAAUGAGAUUAUACAGAGGCAAGCUGAAAAAAUCAAUGAAAUGGCUGCCAUUAUGGAUAGAGCUGCUCUAUGGGGUGAGAGUGAGGAGGAUAGAGAGAAAAUUGUUGCCACUUUGAUGGCUGAAAAUCAGGGUUUGAGAGAAAUGCUAAAAAUCUCAAAAAAAUUUAGCCCAGAAACAAAAGAAGAUAAAGACGUUCAAACUGAAUUAAAUUAAACACUUCUAGAUAUUACAAAAUAAACGUUUUAUACUGUACUGUACUGUACUACUGCUUCUUAUGGCAAUAUUGUUUUUAUUAUUUAUUAUGUUCAAAUUGUUUUAUUGAGUACCUUGUAUUAGUUAAUAAUACACAAGCUGUUUUCUCAUUAUUUUUAUUUACUUAGGCAAUAAAUUAUUUUUCAUAACAAAAAUGUUUUAUUUUGUUUUAUUUAUUUAUUAAUAUUAAACCCUUGAAGUUGUGUAUUCCAUGGGGAAUUUAAAGGAAUGCUGACCAUGGGAAAAAAUGUUUGGUAAUAAACCAGCAUUUGGAAUGAUAUUCCAUGACAAUGUUAGAGUAAUAUUCUUGUUUCCC